CGCACCCGGAGCACGCCGGUGUCUGUUUUUGUCCUCCCCCACUCUUCAUCUAAGUGUUUCAUCACGGUCUGUCAGGGACUCACGUGUCAAGCUUGGACUAUGUCUCGGAGAUAAAAAUUUUUUUUUCAAAAAACAAGAAAGAAAGAACACAAAAAAGAAAAAAAAAAGAUGACCUGAGAGAUGUAGUGUGUGAACAGGCAACUCUGAUCAAGGCUGCUGAAUGCUCGGGUCCGUGCGUAACAACAGCAAGCAGGUGGAUGGAGAGGAGGUGGCGGGAUGCGGGAUUCCUGCGGAUCGGAGCCGCUUCAAAGCGGUGGGACCUCCUCAACUACGGGGCAACUUGGACAGAAAAUGAGACGGAAGCUGUAUGUUUGAAUAUUUGUCUUGAGAUUUGACCGCCUCUUCACCGCUAGAAUGUGAAAACUUUGGCUCUCCGUAGAUAAAAAUAAUAAUAUUAAUAAUAAUACCUGGACAUUCCAAUCCCCAGUGUCCCAAACCCAUACAAUUUAAAUUUCUAAAUACCCAAGACUAUUUUUUUAGAAAGUUCUUUAACAUUCUUUGUUCAGCUUUGUUUGGUAAAUUAUAAACUAAAGGUCAGAUCAUCCCUCUCAUUAUCAUCUAAUAUUUCAGAUUUGACUGACACAAGUCAUGGCCUUAGAUCAGUGGUCCUUUCUUCCAACUUCACCUAACAUCUCAAUCCCAGAGCCCCUCCUGUAUGACAUCCAAGGGAAUGAUUCCUACCCAAAUGACACCAACCCAGACCCCAAAGAGCCCCACCAGGAUAAGACCAGCUCUGUGGUCAUCACCUUCAUCUACUUCAUGGUGUGUGCUGUGGGAUUAUGUGGCAACACCCUGGUCAUCUACGUCAUCCUACGUUAUGCCAAAAUGAAGACUGUGACCAACAUUUACAUCCUGAACCUGGCGGUGGCAGAUGUCCUGUGCAUGAUGUGUCUGCCGUUCAUCGCCUUGCAGCUGGCGCUGGUCCACUGGCCCUUUGGAGAGGCUCUGUGCAGAGUAAUCAUGACUGUAGACUCUCUCAAUCAAUUUACCAGCAUCUUCUGUCUCAUGGUGAUGAGCAUUGAUCGAUACAUGGCUGUAGUCCACCCCAUCAGGUCCACAAAAUGGCGGAAGCCCUGUAUAGCCAAACUAAUUAAUCUCACAGUGUGGGGAGUGUCGCUGUUGGUCAUCUUACCAACAAUGAUCUUCAGCGGCCUGAACAAAGUACCAGUGUGUGGGAUAGUGUGGCCUGAGCCCCAGGACAUUUACUACAAAGCUUUUAUAUUCUACACCUUCUUCGUUGGAUUCUUCCUUCCCCUGACGGUGAUAUGUCUAUGUUACCUGCUAAUUAUAAUCAAGGUGAAAUCUUCUGGAAUGCGCGUUGGUUCCUCGAAGCGCAAACGUUCAGAGCGUAAGGUGACCCGGAUGGUGUCCAUUGUAGUAGCAGUAUUUGUCCUGUGCUGGCUACCGUUCUACGUGUUUAACGUCACUUCUGUCACCGGCUCUAUAAACCCCACCUCUGUUGUGAAGAGCACAUUCGACUUUGUGGUGGUGCUCGGUUACGCCAACAGUUGCGCCAACCCCAUCCUGUAUGCCUUCCUGUCGGACAAUUUCAAGAAGAGCUUUCAGAACGUGCUGUGCCUGAAAAAGGUGGCGGGCCUGGACGAGGUGGAGCGCAGCGACAGCAGGGCGGACAGAAGCAGGAUGGUAAACGAAGCCAUGAUUAUCAACACCAACCUGGAGACUCAUGAUGCUGCCCUGCUCAAUGAAAGAUUCAGCGAUGACUUUCCUGGAUGUAGAAACUCCGCAGAGGAAAACUUCUAAGUCCUCGUAGCCUUUCAGUGAAACAAAUCCGAAAUGACAACCCAAAGAUGAAGAGUGUCACUGUGUGUUUUAUUCCUAUCUGCUGAUUAGUUCAGUUCUACAUGAUCUAAAGGGCAAGAAAAUGGCAACACUCUUCUCUCUACAGAUAAACAAAAGGAUGCUUUUCUUCUCUGUCCAUCUGGCCUCCUCAUUGGGAAGGCAUUGCUGUUGCAUAAACACAAUACCCAGCAUCGUGGAUUAUUGAUUAAGGACGGGAAAUCCCCACAGGCCCUCUAACCUUGUUUCUUUAGAACAGCUCGACUUUGUACAUAUAAAAAUGGAUUGCUGUCAACCUUUGUGGGAACACACAACAUGUGUUCAGUUUAUGUUAAAAUGGAGUGGAUUUAAAGGCAAACCAAGCUUCUGUUGUUUUGUAUAGUUAAAAUGUGGGGUAUAUCAAAUCAAUGAUUUGUACAUUGUACCCUUUCCUAAUUUUUACAGGAGACCCC